CUAAACUGUAUCUGUGUGGAUAGGAAACAAUGAGCUUGAGCUUGUUACUGUGUUAUCACGUACUGUUCUACUAAGCUGAAGGUUUUCUUGGGAAGGUUUUCUUGGGAAGGUUUUUGUGUAUACCAAUGCAGGAUUAGAACAGUUACACUUAUAAUCCCACGUGGUAAGUCCCAUGAAAACGGUUCUGAUCGGCAUGCACAUGUUACAUAUCAUAUCCUCGUCUUCAUUACAGUAUAACAAUGAACUUUUACUCAUGUCCUUAUACAUUGUUAUCUACACUAUCAUUUGUCUGUCUCAACAAACACGGAAGCCGGUCACGAAGCAGGUCACAGACAUACAAGAAAACCUCAAUGAGACAGCUUACAGCAAACAGCAAGGUUCCCAGCAAGCUCCCCCCUACAAUGCUCCUUCAUUAUAUCACAAUGAGUACUGUUUAGGAGCAAACACAGUAAGCAGAGUAACCAAACGCGGUAAGGGAAGUAACUAUUGAAUGUUGUCGACCAUGGUGGUGAUUGGAUCAGUAUCGUAUCGACCUGCUUGUAUCGCGUUGGAUGAUCUGAUUUGUUUUGAAAAGGACACUGUUAAGCUGGAUCRAUUACUACACCACCUUUUGUCGAGCUCAACUAACUAAACAUGCAUCUUCCGCAACAACUAACUAAACAUGCAUCUUCUGAAACAACCACAGAACCGAAUCGACCAUGGGAAUCAUGGUCGGAAUAGCGAAUUUCCAUCAGGGGAGAUCCCCCUUCCUACAUGGAAGUACCCUCCUGCAAGCUCAUUUCUUAACUCUUGAUGAGGAAUCGYGGGGUCCRUCGCCGGUGGUGUCCUCAUGAAACUUGAUAGGAUCAUGUUGUGUCCUACAUAACUACACUGGUAGUUAUACAAGUUGAUAAGAAGGUUCAUGGUGAUCUUUCUUUCCMCCUGMUCCUCCAAGCACAUCCUGUCUUUGAUUCUAGGGAACUGUCCCUGGAUCAUGCGCAUUCCCCACUCGGACAUCUGUCUCAAGGAGGUCGCGUCCCUGUUGAGAAGUAUCCGCUCUGGUUGAUCUGGGUCUCUCUGUGAGCUUUUGAUGAGGCUAUCCUUGCGUGUAUUCCUUCAGGGCAAAGGCUGAAUCAACCACRACCUUUCCACCACACUCUUUAUGGACCUCCACAAUCCUUUGGUACACACCAUGCUCRGCAAUGGCRCUGUCGUGCCAUGCCCCUGGGCAGUUGUACACUGCUAUCCUGAUCCUUCCAUCMGGUGCAAAGGCAAAUACACUGUUGACGUAGGUGUUCUCCUUCCAUGCAUUGUAGAAUGGUCUUUGUUUGUACCAGUCUCCUGAGGCUUCAAUCACUUGCUUGAGCCCAUCCGCAGCACCCCAGACGCGUUGUUCUCCAAGCCUUGGAUACUUGUCCCCAAUUGCCUUAACAUAAGUAUCCACCUCUUGCUGAGUUGGGAUCCUGACCAUGGCCUCUGGAUGCUUGUGAAGAGCAACAAGCAUCAAUCUUCUUGAAAACUUGAGCCACUUAUACAUCACUGUGGAUGUUAAUCCAAAGGCCAUCGCCAUUGACCUUGCUACCGAUCCGCGUGUCCUGUACCAGUAAAGGACCAGUCCUAUUGCACCGACUGCAUCAACCUCUCUCUUCCUUCCCUUUGGUUUGCCACUGGGGAAAYAAGCAACUUCCACUAUUUCAUUGUCGGCGUUCACUGUAUACUUGUUCCAUACUGGAGCAAACAGGUCCACAAGCUCCCUGAAGACCUUGUGGUCCAGACCACAGCAGUUCAUCAAUGCUUGGUCGUCCCCUGAGUGGAACAUGUAGAGGAAGGGGAAAUCACCAGCAUAUCUCCUGAUUGCAAUCCUUGGAGUUCUCCUGUCCCUAUGACAUCUCUCUUCUGGAGAGAGCUUGCUUUUGUAGCUUUGCUCCUCCUGUUCCUCUGAGUGCAACUGGAGGUACCAGUACRUGGUGAUCACUUCCAUUAAUCCCAUUGUCGAUGGUCGAUGUUGCCUUUUGUUUUGCUGGGAGGAAACUGUGGUCUUUUUGUGUGUUUGUCGACUCKUUAGCGUAGAACAUAAACUCAUUUCCUACUGAAAAUAAGCAGAAAAUGAGUUCAUGUUUUACUCUAGUUGAGUAUCGAAAAUAUCAUGCCGGUCCAUGUUUUAGUGCAAGGGAUACACUGUGUUUUUUGAUACGCUGAGAUUUUACUAGUAUCAAACAUAUAGUGUAUCCCUUCCAUGUUACUCUUUGUCAGAUGGUUGAUAGCCUAAAUCAAUCCACUCAUUUUCUACUGAAAAGAAGUAGAAAAUGAGUGCAUUGAUUUACACUAGUAGUAGCUACUASUAGUUGUUGAGUAUCGAAAAUUUCAUGUUUUCCUUUCUUGCUGUACCAAAAUGUGGCGUGCGUUUUGAGUCUUUUUAGUCUUUACAUUGGAGAAUAGUUAAGAUUCCAAAUUCCUGGAAAGACUGGCAUCAAGCUGGCCAUGCUCUCAGCCUGUCCGUUGAAAUUCAGAUUCCUGUUAUUAUAGAAGUGCUAAACUCAUAGAUUCCGGAAUUCUAUCAUUCUAUACUAAUAUCGGGAAUCACUCAAUAAUUCGAUUUAAAAAAAAAUCUCCCAUCUCAAUUUCCCCUCYCCCCCCUGCUCUGUGCCUUGCCGCAAUUUCAUGGUCCCUAACGUGGCGUUUCUUCAGCGCAGUUUCCGUUUCUGUCUUCCCACUUCCCACACUUGCAGUUCCGUUUGUGUUUUCAAGAAAAAUCCAAAAUCGAAAACACGUGCAACACCGACGAUCAGAGACGGGAAGACAUCGUACACGCGAAUUAACGAAUACGGUGCUAAAUCAUCUUUUCCCCGACGAUGAGAGACGUCGGAAACUAAAAAAGAACAGCAAUCUUUUCCGAAUUUCCUUAACGCCGCGUYAUGACGACAAGGUUUCGUUUCGGAUAAAGGCGUUGGGCUGUGUUGCAUUUUCCCGUAUUGCGACCAGACUGAUUGGGAUGUUCGUGAUGCAUAGGGUACGCAACCACCCUCCUCGUUGCACGUGCCAUUGUGGCACCUCCUACUGUGUGAUGAGGGCGACGCUGUUGCUCGCAGCGAUAAUCACAUCGAGCACUGCCAUUUGCAACUACGGGGUGGUCGCCUACAUCAUACUUCCCUCUUCCAAUACCGCCUUCGGAAAUACGCCACAUUCGUCACUGCGCAUAUCAUCGGUAAGAGAAGCAGUCAAAUCGGAACRAGGRCUUAGCACCAACAGUGGCAGCAAGAUCAACAACAGCGAGAAUGAUGUAGACGAAUACGCGGUAAACAUGAACAAUGUGAACAGCGGGCGGCGAUCCUGGGCCUCGUCCCUGCCCCUUCCCGAGAAUGCCAUCGAUGAGGAGACUGCCAACCGAGCUAGGGCCGCGAUGGAAGGACCGAAUCCACCUGCCUUGGAGGGUCGUUGUGCUGUCAACCUCAACUUUAACAUUCUGCCGUCCGCAUCCGGCUCAGCAUCCGAGGGGAACAGCUGCAGCGGUGUCCAAUGGCUGCAUGUUGAUCCCCCAGUUCUCAUAGUUGACGACUUUCUGACCGAGGAAGAAUGCCAGAACGUUCUCCAGCUGACCAGCCAGCAGCUGCCACCCGAUGCCGGGAGGGUCAUCCGGCUCGAGAGUCGGGUCAACUCCAACGGGCAGGCAUCCAACCGCCGAUCCACCACUUGGUACGUCCGGUACGGCUGCAAGGCGCUGGCACCGCUCUUCCAUGGCCUCGAGGGAUUGCUGCCGACCGUCCGCCGGAACCGCAUCGAGGAGGUCCAGCUGGUGAGGUAUGCGGGGCCCGGCCAGGGAUUCGCYUGGCACGAGGACGCCCWGGACGAGAAGAUURCUAYGCCGUCGAKMGGGGGGCAACGGGUGGCGACCGUCCUCGUCUAUCUGGACGACGUGGUGGACGAAACCAAAGAGGAUGGCCCGGGGGGAUCCCUGUCGUCCCUGCCAUCGAGCGGGAGGACCAUGUUCCGCGACCUCGUUGGCCCCGGCGGGGAAUACCUGGCCGUGGCACCCAGGCGGGGCCGGGCAUUGCUCUUCUUCCCGGCCAUCACUGGCCGUACGGAGCUGAGCGAUGCCGCAUCGGCCGCCGACGAGAGGAGCCCCGGGGCACCGGAGGGGCGAAAAGCCACUUUUGGWGAAACACACUCCUUUGACGAUACCCGRCCGGACCAUCGGACGAUGCACGCGGGAGAGCCACCGGCACCAGGGGAAGAACGGGGCGGUGCCAAAGGGCCGGUGUCGACUAAGCACAUUGCCCAGCUCUGGAUUCAUUCGAGCGACCACUCUCCGGUGGUGUUUGGGCCRGGACUGAACAAGCACUCGGAUGCCCAAAAGCACAUCGACGAGCUAAGAGUGCAAGCGACAACAAGCAACUGAACGACGCAACGGACCGAGCACCGACUAUCAACAAAAGGAAGGACUACCUAGACACCAAAAGAGGYUAGAUAGAAACUCUGUGGACCAACCAAAUAAUAGCAGUUCGAUGGA